AUGGAACUCCCCUUCAUCACUCUCGAUGUCUUCACGACGGAGCCUUACAAGGGCAAUCCGCUGGCCAUCGUCACCAUCCCAGCGUCGCAGUCACCUGCCCCCACCCAAGAACAGAAACAGCUCAUUGCUCGCGAGUUCAACCUCUCCGAGACGGUCUUUGUUCAUGAGUCGGCCGGCUCGUCGCGGAACAUUGACAUUUUCAUCACCGACACGGAAAUUCCAUUCGCAGGCCACCCCACCGUCGGGACAGCCGUCUCGUUGCUCUCGCAGGGCGUGAACGAGCUGGUCACGAAGGCAGGGCCCAUCGCCAUCGACUCCCCCAAACAGGGCUACGUCAAGGCCGGCAUCCCCUUCAACACGCAUCAGCACGCCAACACGCUCGGCAGCCUGCAGGAUCAGAUCGCGUCCACCUCUCUUCAUACCAAUGUGGUGAUACGCAACGCUGAGCUCGUCGCUCCGCUAUUUAGCAUCGUCAAGGGGAUGACCUUUGCCCUCGUCGAGCUCCCCGAUUUGGAGACCCUCGCCGCUGUGGUAGAAAUCCCCGGACGGUUCUCGCCAGAGCUCUUCCUCGACGAGGACUGGAUGGAGGGCAUCAUCGGCCAGUUCUACUAUGUCAAGCAAGGUGGCGAUGAGGACACGGUUCACCUGAGGACCAGGAUGAUCAUGAGCUUCGAGGACCCUGCCACUGGCAGCGCCUCGUGCGCUUUGGCUUGCUACUUAGCCAGCAAGAGUGGCACGAUGAACAAGGCGAUCACGUACGAGAUGACGCAGGGCGUGGAGAUGGGCCGACAGAGCGACAUUAUUGUCGAGGUUGUCGUGAAAGACGGCCAAGUCGACAAGGUCAGCUUGGCGGGUACGGCCAAACAGGUUAUGCGUGGCUAUGUGACGGUCUGA